UUGUUAAUUUGUUUUGUUAAAAAGUAAAAAUAGUGCAAGAGAAAUGUGAUAAAGUGUUUGCAGUUGUGAUGAAGGUGAUGUUUUCAGGAAAGGUAAUGCGUACCACACGUUUUCUCGUCGAGGAGUCUAUUACUAUUGUAUUUAUUAAUUAGUUUAUUUACUAAGUAAUUACUAUACUAAUUACUAUUUAUUAAGUGUACAAUGGAAACGUCAGAAAUUGAGAUGAUAACUUGCAUUAUUUGUAAAACGCAAUUUCCAUUAUUUGAAACCAGGGAACACGCUUGUUUUGCUGGCGUAGAUGAAAGGAAUUUGUUCACGUUCAAUGAAUAUGUUGGUCCUGGUGAAGAUAUAGACACCUAUAUCGAGGAAAUGUUUCCUAAAUAUUUAGAUGAAAAUAAUGAGUUUAUAAAUGGAACAGAACAAAAUAAAAAAAGGCGAUUAAAUCACAAUGCUACUUUUGAUCGUGACAAUGAUGAUCUGGAAAUAGUGGAGAUAGAAAACGUUGAACUCAAUAAAUCUGGAAAUGCCAAAAAGAGUACCGAAAAUUACUUAGUUCUUCUUGAGCUGGUGAAGGAAUUUCCAAUUAUAUGGAAUCACAAGCUCCCUAUUGAACAAAGACCUCCUCUUGCGAAAUCUAAGGCGUGGAAUAAAAUUUUACAAAGUUUUCCAGGAUGGAGCAGAGACUUCAUGAUUAAAAAAUUUCAAUCAUUAAAAGAUGUGUAUAUGAAAAGAAAAGCCUAUGUACCAAGUGGUUCUGCCCAACGUGCACAAAAGUAUUGGGUUUUCGAAGAUUCAUUUUCCUUUAUGAAAGGCAUCAUUGAACCUGCAUCGACAAUCAGCAACGUUCCACAAGCUUCGCAACCCAACACAUCCGAUAAUGCCAGUAACAAUAACACGGAAAGCGCAUUAAAGGAUUUGGGAUUCGAUGGAAGAGGAAAAUUGUACUAGAAAAAGGGCUACGCCAUUCGAUGCAGAAAUUUUAAAGUGCAUUGAUACUAUAACUUCAUCGAAACAAGGCCAAACUUUUAGUAGUUACGAGCAGUUUGGAUUAUCAAUCGGAAAAGAAAUAGAGAAAUUAGAAACUAAUUACCAAAGAAUGAGUGUCCAAAUUAAAAUUUUAGAAAUUCUGCGAAAUGCUGCAAGCAAUUAUGAGGAAUAAUAUUUUCAUAAGCAAAAUACUUUAAGAAAAAUAUGUGAUUAACAUAAUCUAAGUCUUAAAAGACAUGACUGAUUAUCUUAA